CACAAACACCCUCACAAACUGAGGGUCAGUGGCUGUGCGUGCAUUGUGCUUCGAUCCACUGAGCCCAAUAAGAAACGGGGCUUUAGGCUCUGGGCCACCAGUGAUACGAUGUAGUCCUCAGACGAACACGCAACUUGACUAGGUUGCACCCCCUUGAUUUCUGACAGUUCCGUGCUAGGCCGCUGUCAUCUAUUCAAUGCAGUCUCUCACCCCUCAUCACUCUCAUCAUAAGCUAUGUAAACCUCGUGCCAUCACGCACAUGCUCUUGGCCACCUUUCGUGAUUCAAGAUUUGUCAAAUCCACUUAUAGCACCUGUGCUUUGUAGCUUUUUUUCCCCCCUCCUUCACCGUUAUCAAUUUUGCUCUUCAAUACGGCUGGCCCCGUCCGCAACUUUUCUCCAAAGCCACGUCUUCCUGGCCAGGAUCUGAUUCGCUGGGCCAUAGCAAUCCGUAAAGCCGCACCAUGGGUCUCCUUGAUAGAGUCGAAGCCUUCUUUGAAGGCGAACCUAACAUUGAAAAACACUCUCAUUCGCACCCGGGCUAUCAAUGCGAUGAUCUUCACGCUGAACACGCUGCUAACCGGUUUCAAUCCUUUGCUGCCCCUUCUUCGGGCAACAUCAAGUGGUUCGUUGAUGGCGCCUCCUACUUUUGGGCAGUAUCUGAAGCUCUUCAACGCGCCCAGGAGAGUAUAUAUAUCCUCGACUGGUGGCUGAGCCCUGAGCUGUACCUUCGUCGGCCCCCUUCUCACAACGAGCAGUAUCGCCUUGAUGCUAUGCUUCAAGCUGCCGCCGAACGUGGAGUCCAAGUCAAUGUCAUUGUGUACAAGGAAGUCGAGGCUGCCCUCACUCUUGAUUCUGCGCACACCAAACAUGCUCUUGAGAAGCUACACCCCAAUAUCAAAGUCUUCCGACACCCUGACCAUGUUCCUACUGGAUAUGACCUGACUUCGGAAAUCGGCAACUCGUUCAAAAGCUUGACCAACUUUGACUUGGCCACUGUAUCCAAAGACGCACUUAAGGCGAUUUAUGGCGCGGCAGACGAUGUUGUCCUCUACUGGGCUCACCAUGAAAAGCUCCUUGUUAUUGACCGUCACCUUGUAUUUAUGGGAGGCCUCGAUCUAUGCUUCGGGCGAUGGGAUACCAACUCCCAUCCUAUCGCAGAUGCUCAUCCUGGAAACUUGGAGAACAUCAUCUUCCCAGGCCAAGAUUAUAACAACGCCCGAAUCUUUGACUUUGCUGACGUUGGCAACUGGGAUCAGAAUAAAUUGGAUCGAACCAAGAGCUCGAGAAUGGGUUGGUCAGAUGUGGCCCUUUCUAUGAAUGGUCCAAUUGUAUCUGAUCUUGUUUCCCACUUCGUGGACAGAUGGAAUUACAUAUUCGAUGCAAAAUACAAUGACAAAGACCCUGGAAAGUAUGAAAAGCUCAGCCUAGGCGGAGGUCACCGUCCAUCGCACCACAGAUAUGAACAACAGGAAACUGGACGAGAAGAAUAUGGGCGGCAGGAGGGCGAAGGGCGGAGCCGUGGCAUGCUCCAUCGUUUCGCUGAACACCUGUCUGAGGAAAUGGGAAACCUUGGCCUCACAGAAGGCCAUCGACACAGCCGUCGAGAAGGUCCCCAAGAAGGCCAGCGAGAGUAUCGCCCUGAUGGAUAUGAGUAUGACGACAGGAGUGCUCACGCGCGUGGGGGGUCAGGCGCUACUCACAUUCAGCUUACACGAAGUUGUACCAAGUGGUCAUCCGGCCACCCAACAGAGCAUUCGAUCGCAAACGCAUAUAUAAGUGCCAUAACGAAUGCUAGGCACUUUGUCUAUAUCGAAAAUCAGUUCUUCAUCACAGCUACAAGUGAUGAACAGCGCCCUGUAUCUAACAAGAUCGGCGCGGCCAUUGUUGACCGCAUCGUUCGAGCAUAUGAAGAAGGUCAACCCUUCAAGGUCUGGGUGGUGAUGCCCUCCGUCCCAGCUUUUGCGGGAGACCUGAAGUCGAAGGAGGCUCUUGGGACAAGGGCCAUUAUGGAAUACCAGUACAACUCCAUCAGCAGAGGUGGACAUUCCAUUAUCCAAAAGCUUGUUGCCGCCGGCAUUCAAAAUCCUAGGGAGUAUAUUGGUUUCUACAACCUUCGAAACUAUGAUCGGAUCAAUAUAUCCCGCACCCUGCGACAGGUGGAAUCCCGCUCUGGUGUCAGAUAUGAAGACGCCCGACGGUAUCACGACGACUAUGUCAACGAAGAGCGUUAUGGCCAGGACGAUGAAGAUUCUCAAUAUUAUGAUAGAUAUCAGCGCCAGGCUCAAUCCGUCAAGGACGAUACUCUGGACACGGUGAGUGCCGCCUAUAUGAGACACGGCCCCAAUAUUGCCGAUAUUCCAUGGGAUGGCGAACCCGAGGACGAAUUCGACGCCUUUGUCAGCGAGCAGCUCUACAUCCACACCAAGCUUCUCAUUGCCGAUGAUCGUCUGGUUAUCUGUGGCUCUGCCAACUUGAACGAUCGCUCGCAGCUUGGAACCCACGACUCCGAGAUUGCUGUGGUGAUUGAGGGACCCCACUCCGUUGAGUCUUACAUGAACGGCGAGCAGUACGCAGCAAGCGAAUUUGCCGCCUCUCUCCGAAGACAAAUCUUCCGCAAGCAUCUCGGCCUGCUCCCUGACCAGAGAUGGGACCAGCCAAACCGAAACUGGCUGCCGGUAACCGACGCACCUAAUGACUACGACUGGGGCUCAUCUGCCGACCGGCUCGUGGAGGACCCCCUGAGCCCCGACUUCCUGCAGCUCUGGGAAGAUACAGCCGCCACUAACACCGAAGUGUUCAGCCGGGCGUUCCACCCCGUUCCUGAUGACAAAGUUCGCAACUGGGACGAUUACGAUCAGUUCUUCUCCAAGUACUUUACUAUCCCCAGUGCCAAGGACAACAAGGAGGACGACGACAAAAACGACGGCAAAGUGCCUUACGGACACGUGGUUCGCGAGGAAUUCCCUGGUGGCGUGCAAGAGCUGAAGGAAUGGCUCAGCCGCGUCCGUGGCAACCUUAUCCAGAUGCCUCUGCAGUUUUUGAUUGAGGUCGAGGAGAUUGCCAAGGAGGGCCUGACGCUGAACGGACUGACGGAUGAGCUCUACACAUAAAAGGAAAUAGAAUUUGGUUCACUUAGCAAGCCAUAGUUAAAGUUGCUAGAUCGAGAGUGAUAGCUGCAGGAAUAUAUCCGACAGACUAUUUACAUUAUUAUGCCGUAACAAAAGAUUUGAAUAAGAACCACCUAGUAGUUACAAUGACAUGUAAAAAUAGCAUAUGCAAGCACAAACCAACCAAUAACGCACAGAGAGACAAGAAAAUGCCCNCCCCCC